AUCACAAAUCUGUACAUGCUUUUUCAGACAAGAUGUUAUCAUAAAAUAUAUUUCACCAAAUAGAGACAACAAGAAAGUUGGAGCACCACAGAACCCACCAGUGAUUUCCUAAAAUAUCCCCCUCUUUACACCUGCAGAUUAUAAAGAAGCAAUACAAGGAUAUAUAUAUAUAUAUAUAUAUAUUUAUAUUCCCCUUUUUUGUUGUGUCGUGAUUUUAGAAUCUAGGGGCACGGGAUGAUAAAUUGGAGUUAGAGGGUUUCCUUUUUUAGAUCCUGUGUGAAGAGGGUCGUUUGUUUUCUUCUGGGGAGAAGAAAAGAGAGAGAGGAGAAAUCAUGGGGAGAGGAAAGGUACAGUUGAAGAGAAUAGAGAACAAGAUUAACAGGCAAGUGACAUUUUCAAAGAGAAGAGCUGGAUUGUUGAAGAAAGCUCAUGAAAUAUCAGUACUUUGUGAUGCUGAAGUGGCUUUGAUCGUCUUCUCUCACAAAGGGAAGCUCUUUGAAUACUCUUCUGAUUCUAGCAUGGAGAAUAUCCUGGAAAGGUAUGAAAGAUAUUCAUAUGCAGAAAGGCGAUUAGUUGCAAAUGAUCUAGAAUCCGAGGGAGAUUGGACUCUGGAAUACACCAAACUCAAGGCCAAGAUGGAGCUGUUGCAAAGAAAUCAUAGGCAUUACAUGGGUGAGGACCUUGAUGCAAUGAGCUCGAAAGACCUCCAGAAUUUGGAGCACCAGCUUGACACGGCUCUGAAACAAAUCCGAACUAGAAAGAACCAACUCAUGUACGAGUCAAUCUCUGAGCUGCAGAGAAAGGAAAAAGCAAUUCAACAGCAAAACAGCAUGCUCGCAAAGAAGAUAAAGGAGAAAGAGAAGUUAAUGGCACAGCAGGCACAGUGGGAGCAGCAAAAUCAAGGCCCGAGUUCAACUCCGUACCUGAUUCCAGAGCCACUCCCUCCUUGCAUCAAUGUCAGUGGCAACUAUGAAGAAGAAACACAAGAAGCGAGAAGGAAUGAGCUUGAGCUUACUCUAGACUCGCUGUUUCCCUGCCAUCUUGGAUGCUUUACUGCCUGAUCAAAGCGCAAAAUUGGGUGCUAUACUUGCUAGUACUUGUAACUGCAUACAUUGAUACCGAUAAAGGCGGAGAAAUCAAAAUUUGCACCCAACUUGGAAAUUUCUAAUAUGUUUGACUAUCUGUUGGUGUUAUUUGCGCUAAGUGUAUUUUGUGAACCCGAUCUGGAAACUCUAUUCAGCUCUCUCUAAAGCUGUAGUUCUUGAGCAUUUUUAGAAUGAUGGAAAAACGACACAAUUGGAGCUGUGGAAAUAAAUAUUAAUGUUCUGUAUAAGUUUGUAGCCUCCAAUUGUUUCUUUC